UACAGAAUUUAUGUAAAUCGCAACUACUGGCGGGAUCGGACAAACUUCGCAUUGCUGCUGAGCUAAAGAUUUGUAAACAUAAACCUUUUUGACGGAUGCCGAUAAACUUGACGGAUAUACAAUGCGACUCAAGCUUUGUAUGGUUUUUGCCAUCAUCCUAUUGAUCCCAUCCUCACGCAGCGUGAUUAACGAGGCUGUGGAGAUAAUAGAGAUGAUCAGAGAUGUUAGUAGCGCGAUCUUGAAAGCCUGGGAUGUGAUAGAGUCCCUACCAGAUAAUGACACCUAUGACAAGCAGCGCCAACUAAUGAACCGCAUCGAGGAGGUGGAUGACCACAUCCGUAGUUUGGAGGAAAUGGAAUCUCUUCGCACUGCCCUGACCAUCGAUACCUUGAUCCAGGAGUUUCACCAGCAAUCCGUACUACUGCACAAGCUGAAUCUGGUCAAAGACCUCACCACAAUCGUAAAAACCCGGUACGCACAGUUGAGCGACUAUGUCCAGCAUAAAGAUGCUUUAGAGGUUGCCACGCUUCUGAAAUUUGCCGAGUGGAACGUGGACCCGGGCUCCAAUUCAUUGGCUUUCCAGCUGGAUAUCCUGCAUGCGAAUCUGUUUGGGGAUGAUGAGCAGGCGGACAACAAGACCGACUCUGCCAACACCCUGCUGUCUCAACUUACGAUCAACUACGAGGAGUCACCGGUCCAGAUGUGCGUGGGAAAACACUCGGCCCAGCAGUUCGCUUUUCAGCUCUUCACAAAGGCAGCCCUCACCGAAGUCAAGGCAUACAGCAUGAUGGAGUUUUCGUGGAUGAUCCAGCGGGAGCUCGGGCAGGGCAACUUCACUCAGGAGAUUGCUUUGAUGCGCCAAAACUACCAACGGCGUAUGGACGCCUCCGUGAAGGUUCUCAGUCAGGUGAUAUCUCGCAGCGGACGUGUCUACUGGCGCUGUGAUCCUGAAAAGAACAAGCACGUGUCCGGAGAGACCUACGAUCGGGUUACGCGUCUCCUCCAGGGCUACGUGGAGAACGAGGCCAACUUGGGCGACGACCAGUCAUGCCGGGGUACCUGUGGCGACUACCAGGACACUCGCUCCAAUGGCUGCUACAAGGGAGCUGAGGAGCUCUGCGGCGAGCAGCCGAAGUGCAACGGAAAACUCUACAACUGCGGUGAAAUGGACUCUGAAGUAGUGAUCUGCCCGUCCGGGAGAAACUCCUCGCGACGCUACGAAUAUAUUCAGCCCGAUGGGCCGAUUCUCGGCCGGAAGGGCUCCAGCGGAAAAUGCGAUUCUACCACUGUUACGGCCUCAUCCUCGUCGUACUAUCUUUUCUGGCGCUGCUCCAACUGCUUCUGCCUGUGCGACGAACAGGGUCCGCUCUCUGAUCGCUACUUUAACUUGCGUGACUCGCUGUCGGACUUCAUGGAGAAUAGGGUGGUAACAGGUGUACGCUUCGUGAAGAGUAAUCGCGUCUUCCACUUGCAGCUGCAGCAGGGCGAGCUCUUGCCCCGUGGGGCAAUCAAUGUGUCCUCUCUGGAGUGGCUGCCCCUGGAAGCGUACCACCCAAGCGAUGUGGAUGUUCGCAACGACUACGACUAUCACACUCUCGCCAUCGACAGCCGCGCCAUGGACCUGGACGAGAUAACUUCCGGCUCAAAUCGGUCCCUUGUGGUGACUGGUGCCCGCUUUCGCGUCUGGGGCAAGCAUCUCAAUCUGGAGGUGCGGUUCAGCUAUUUCGACUUUUCCACCGGACGCCUGGUGGAGCCGAAGCGCAACAGCGUCUGGCUGGACAACAGCAACACGGAGACAACCGGCGAGAAGCCACGAGAAGAGCUGGUCCUCAAGGUGGCUGAUGUGCCCACAGCCUCAGAGCAGUCCUCGAUGCCACUGUCCAAAUCGAAUCAGUUUAUCAAAUUUUUCAGCUCCAGCAAGUUGAAAGACGUAUCCCAGAACACUGUGCCCUUCAUUGAUGUGCAGGAGGUUGUGCCCCAUCCGGCUGUUCCUCUGGCCGGCCUGGGCAUCUAUCACAAGGGUCGUCCAGGCUUCGGAGGCUUCUUAGCUCCCAAGGUGGUUACCUAUGAUUACUCGCAGUAUCUGAAGGAAAUUCAAAACCCAGUUAAAACAAAUUAAAAUUAUAACCUACAUAUAUCUAUACUUCAUGUCGUUUCUAGAUAUGCCAAAAGUGACAAAAAUAUUAUUACUGUUCAGAAAGUCCAUUUUUGUAGCUUUUCACUUGAAAAUUAAUAAAAUAAGUGAAAUCGCGCCUAAUUUCAAA